AUGAGGAGAUGCAACAAUGUAUUCCUCAUUCCUCUUCGAUUUGUAACGGAGAAGAUUGGAGAAGAUUCAUAUUCCUCUAAGAAGGCCGACCCCAAGGACCUGUAUAUUCCGAGUCGAAAUGGGCACGGGCACACUGUGCCUAAACUGUGCAUCGCUUUUGAGCGACUCAAGAUGAGAUUCGCAGUGGUCAUAGCAAGCCUGCUGACAUUUGCGUUAGCAGCAAAUGCUGGGACAAUUCACAAAGAUCUUGUAAAAGCUGGCCUUCUUCAAGAGAAAAUUUGGAGGUGCCAGUGCGGCUGCGAGUGCCUCGACGAUGAAUGCCACGAACCAGACUGCGGCGAAGGGACCUACUUCCCACACCCAGAAGAUUGUGGCAGCUUCUGCCAAUGCUCGAAUGGGAAAGCCUACUACCAUGCCUGUCCAGACGGUCUCAUGUUCAACCCUGCAUUGAACGUCUGUGAUUGGCCGGAAAACGUUUGCUGCAAUGCUCCCGUGAAUCCGCACAUCUGCGCGGAUCAUGGAUGUCAUUAA